AUGGCAAUCAGAGGCGUUGAUUUCAAGUGGUACGAUGGGUUUUUCUUGUCCAUGCUCGCCACCAGCGUAGUUAUUGUUGCAAUUAAUUGGAAGCGCUACCAUUCUUGUACAUACCCAUUGCACAUAUGGAUUGUGGUUGACUACACUGCUGUGUUUGUUUUCCGGCUCUUGAUGUUUGUUGAUAAUGGCUUUGCUGCGGGAAUGGGUUUAGAUUUUGGGUGGCAGCAGAGAUACGCCCGUUUCUGUGGAAGAGUAGCCGUCCUCUCAAUCCUUGGAUUGCUUCUUUAUCCAUUUCUUUGGGCUUGGACUAUAGUUGGUACCAUGUGGUUCAGGAGUGCCAAGAGCUGUUUGCCUGAAGAGGGUCAGAAAUGGGGAUUUCUCAUCUGGUUACUUUUUAGCUACUGUGGACUUCUUUGCAUUGCUUGCAUGUCAGUGGGAAAGUGGUUGACUAGACGACAAGCACACUUAGUGCGUGCCCAACAGGGUAUCCCAGUGUCUGAAUAUGGGGUUUUGGUCGAUAUGAUCCGCGUGCCUGAUUGGGCAUUUGAAGCCGCGGGUCAAGAGACAAGGGGCAUGGGCCAAGAUGCUGCUGCAUAUCAUCCAGGACUUUACCUAACACCAGCCCAGAGAGAAGCAGUUGAAGCAUUAAUUCAGGAACUCCCGAAGUUCAUGUUAAAGGCUGUUCCUACUGAUUGCAGUGAAUGCCCCAUCUGCUUAGAAGAGUUCCGUGUUGGGAAUGAGGUUCGUGGCUUGCCUUGUGCGCACAAUUUUCACGUUGAAUGCAUUGACGAGUGGCUCAGGCUGAAUGUGAAAUGUCCUCGGUGCCGUUGCUCAGUGUUCCCAAAUCUUGAUCUUAGUGCCCUGUCCAAUCUCCGUCCAGAUUCUGAACGAUCUUCUGCCAGUGUUGUGACAACAACUAGCUAUGUGAGAGGCCAGCCAUCCAGUCAAAGUUACCUGUUAAGGUUACAGGGACUUCUCCGCCCAGUGCGUGCUGAAAUUGCAGGGCCAGUUGGUGACACAGAUAAUGCUUUGCAAAAUGCUGAGAAUGGUGUUGUUGUACCUAUUGUGACCCAAAAUGCACCAAACAGAGUCCAAGUCUCUUCUGUGGAAUGCAUGCCUGUUAGUCAUUCCUCUGCACAAACUUAG